CGUUGUUGCCGGCUGUGUGGGCGGGGCUUGCGGCGGUGACGUGUACAGUAAGAAUGGACGUCGUGCUGUACGCUGUGGCGGCCGCGCUGUUGGCAGUGCUGCUCUUCUUUAUAACGCGGAUAAGGGGGCAAGCGGAGGAAGCUGACCAUGAGCACCAGCAAAAUGUGGCAACGGCGGCAGCAGCGAGACCGCGACCUCAGCCGGAGCCGCGCGCGGAGGGGAUGCCGAGGAGAAGGAUGAACCGUAAUAUGCAGGCCCAGAGGAGAGCCCAGCGUAUGGAGGAAGAGAGAGAAGCAGCGAUAGAGGAAGACCACGAGGAUGAUGAGGAGGGGUCUACAGCUACUCAGGCUACAGGGAAGAUUGGUGCCAAGAAACAGAAGAAAUUGGAGGAAAAACAGGCAAGAAAAGCUCAGCGGGAGGCAGAAGAAGCUGAAAGAGAAGAACGCAAAAAACAGGACAUGAAACGAGAAGAGGAGAGACGUAAAGACGAAGAGCGGAUCCGAUUGGAAGAAGAAAGAGAGGAGGAAGAAAGGCGGAAAGCCAAGGAGGAGCAAGAGAAGCGGGAAUAUGAGGAGUACCUAAAACUGAAGGAGAGCUUCACGGUGGAGGAGGAAGGAGUGGCCGAGACCAUGGACGAGGAACAGACCCGAAGUUUCCUCACAGAAUUUAUUGACUACAUUAAGGCCUCAAAAGUGGUUAUUUUGGAAGAUCUGGGGGCAAACUUUGGACUCAGAGCUCAGGAAGCCAUCAGCAGGAUACAGGACUUACUGGCCGACGGCUCCAUUACAGGUGUCAUUGAUGACAGAGGGAAGUUCAUCUACAUCACAACGGAGGAGAUGGCGGCGGUGGCGCAGUUCAUCCGUCAGAGGGGGCGGGUCUCCAUCUCGGAGCUGGCUCUGGCCACCAACAAGUUGAUUAAUCUGAACCCCGAGUCGGCCCCAGUCACCGUGUCUUAAUUCUCUGGACUUAAAAAAAUAAAAAUAUUUCCAUCUGGACUUUGGGGUGUAUGGAGCGGGCGUCCCUCCCCGCCUGUCAUGUGACCAACAUUAAAGGACUGAAAUCUU